AUGUUUAUUGAUUUUUGGUUUUACGUAUGUAAUGCAUCAGAAUGUGGCAUCUCUUCCGAUUUCAACCUCACCCCACCUUCUCUUACUCAAAAACACCCUUCUCUUUCUCAGAAUUUCCGGCCAACUCUCCACCACGAGCCGCCGUCGAAGAAUAGCGCCUCCACCACUCUUCAAAUUCUGAUUGACAAUGAAAAGCUUCAGGAGGAAAAUUGCCCGUUUAAUAAUAUUCAGCCAUUUUCAAAUUUUAUUACUAAAGCUUCGAGUUUGUCUAAUGCAUUUCACAGAUAUGGGUUGUUUGCUGCUCAAAAUUUGCCAUCAAAAUUUAAUCUUUUAUACACCAAAUCUCAGAAAUUCUUGGCUCAUUUUCACCACCACCUCGGCCGCCUCCGCCUCCGCCUCCGCCUCCGCCUUAUUCUGCUAUUUGCCUUACCCUUUCUGUACUUCCUCGUCUCUCAGCCUUCACACUCCUUCAUUCUUGAUUUCGUCUAUGCGUUUGCCUUCUCCUCCGUGCUCCUAUUCUCCCUUAAAUUAGCCAUUCCUAGGCUCCCCACGAUAAGGCUGUUCUUGGCAAGGUCAUUCCCUAUUAUAAUUAAAGGAAAGGACCAAGUGAAAGGGCCACAUUUCCCUGUGUUUUGGUCAAUUGGAUCACGCCAAAAUGCCAAUAAAAAGGCCAUUUCAGGGUGUUUUGUGCAAGCUUAUAGCAAUGGAGAUGUAUACGAGGGUGAGUUCCAUGAGGGACUGUGUAGUGGAAGUGGUGUGUAUUAUUAUUUCAUGAGUGGUAGGUAUGAGGGGGAUUGGGUAGAGGGGAAAUAUGAUGGAUUUGGGGUCGAGACAUGGUCAAGGGGUAGCCGGUAUAAAGGGCAGUAUAGGCAGGGUCUCAGGCAUGGUUUUGGGGUGUACAGGUUCUACACAGGGGAUGUUUAUGCAGGGGAGUGGUCUAAUGGACAGAGCCAUGGAUGUGGUAUUCAUACUUGCGAGGAUGGAAGUCGAUAUAUGGGGGAAUUCAAGUGGGGGGUUAAACAUGGCCUUGGACACAACCAUUACAGAAACGGGGAUGUAUAUGCUGGAGAAUAUUUUGCUGACAAGAUGCACGGAUUCGGAAUCUAUAGGUUUGCGAAUGGCCAUAGUUAUGAAGGAGCUUGGCAUGAAGCUCGAAGACAAGGUCUUGGAACGUACACUUUCAGUAAUGGAGAAACUCAGUCUGGUCAUUGGCAAGAUGGGAUUCUUGAUGUUUUGAGUACACAGAACAGCAACUAUCCUGUAUCUCCUGUCGGCGUCUACCACUCCAAAGUGCUUAACGCAGUACAGGAAGCACGCUGGGCAGCAAAGAAAGCUUACGAGGUUAUCAAGGUGGACGAAAGAGUAAACAGGGCAGUAUCAUCAGCUGACAGGGCAGCUAAUGCAGCUCGAGUAACAGCAGCGAAGGCUAUGCAAAAGCAAAUGCACAGUAGGAGAAACAGGGACGAGAUUUCAAUUUCAGUCUUCUAA